AUGGAGCUGUGGAAUAACACACACCUGACAGGGAAGUCCAGCUCACUCUUGUCCAACUGCACUGUGGACACCAGCUACCGCUUCACCUUUUACCAAGUGUCCUACAGCGUGAUCUUCCUGCUGGGACUGGCCACCAACAGCCUGGCUCUGAGGAGACUCUGUUCGUCACCCUGCACGAUGAACAGCACAGCCAUCUACAUGUUCAGUCUCUCCUCAGCAGACUUGUUUUUUGUCAUCUCUCUACCGAUGAGAAUCUACUACUACCACCAAAGAGCUCGAGUCUGGUCUUACAAGACGGGCGACUGGACUCCAGGAGCAGCUUUCUGCCAGAUCACCUUCAUGCUCAAAUACAUCAGCUUGUACGGAGGCAUCUUCUUUCUGGUGUGCAUUGCUGUAGACCGGUACCUGGCCGUGGUGCACCCCCUGGCACCGACGCUCCGCAGGCUGCGUGCUGCGCAGAUGGUAAGCGGAGGGAUCUGGUGUGUGGUGCUGGGACUCAGCGUAAGUCUGCCUUUGUUGCGUUUGGCGGCGUCUCGUCAAAACCAGCCCUGCCUGCUGGACCCGACCUCUCGGCGCCACAGAGCCUUCAUUCUGGCAGCUCUGAGUUUAGUUUUGGGCUCGUUUCUGCUGCCCACUUCAUUACUCCUCUACAGUUACUGCAAAGUGCUGAGCGUGCUUCGACACAAAAGACAUCGCUGCCGAGGCCACCGUCGCAACCGAAAGCAAACCCUCAGAGUUAUUUACUGGGUGCUGGGUGUCUACCUGCUGUGCUUCCUUCCCUACCACAUCAAUCUGUUGGGAUACACCCUCACACACAUGAAACUGCUGCCGCACUGCGGCCUGGCAAAGCUGACAAAGUCCGUGCACCCCGUGGUGCUGUCUCUAGCCAGUUUCAACUGCUGCCUCAAUCCACUCAUCUACUACUUCUCCAGCAGCCUGGUGCACAGAGAAGCUCCCAGAUGUGGAAUCAGAGGCAGGUAGCAACAGUUACUGAAAAAGACAUAUUUUUAAUAAAAACUGA